CCAUAACUUUCUCUGGCCCAUUUCUAGUACGAAUUAGUGUCGGAGAGGAAAAUAAUUGUUUUGUCCGACACUACACAUAAAAAAUCCAUGUCACUCCAUAAAAAAAAUUAAUUCCACGUCACCAAACCUGCUUGAAAAAGAAGCCAGCCGAGUUGUACAAACUCGAGAAACCUCCGCCUUCUCCGUUUCUCCUUAAACCCUAAACCUCCCUUGUCCUCUUUCUCUAGCUCGCCCCUUCCCCAAAAAUUUCCACAGCCAAAAACCCUUUGAUGGACGAUUCGGGUGAUCAGAGGUUCCAAAAGUACCACCCCUACCAGAAUUUCUACAGCGUCCCUUCUCAGAGCCUCUACAAUCUGCCCACGUCCCCGGAGUUCCUCUUCCAGGAAGAAGCCGCACGCCAGCGCAGGACCUGGAGCGAGAAUCUCACCUACUACACCGGCGCGGGGUACCUUGGCGGUGCGAUCGCCGGCGGUGCGAAGGGGACGCUCGAUGGGAUCAGGGCGGCCGAGGCCGGCGAGAGCAUGAAGUUGCGGCUGAACAGGGUUUUGAACUCCGGCGGGCAGAGUGGUCGGCGGUUGGGCAACACUAUGGGAGUCCUGGGUCUGAUGUUUACUGGGAUCGAGAGCGGCUUGAUUGCGUUGAGGGAUGUGGAUGAUUUGGCUAACACCGUGGUUGCUGGGCUCGGCACUGGGGCAGUUUAUCGAGCAGCCAGAGGCCCCAGAUCGGCGGCGAUUGCUGGCGCUAUCGGAGGGGUCGCGGCCGCUGCUGCUGUCGCCGGGAAGCAUGUUGUUAAGAGAUAUUUUCAUGUCUAGUGAAAUAUUAUUCGAUUCUUGGUAUGAAUUGGGGUUUGGGGAACUUGAUGGUUAUUAAUAUGAUUUCAAGAAGUGAAAUAUCAUUCUGCAAUAUUUUGUUGUCUGUUCAAUGUUCAGUACUUGCCAAGAUUUCAUCUUUCAUUGAUUCUAAAACACUCAGUAUUGUAAAUCACUAAAUCUAGAUUUCUAAUUGAGCUCUAUGCUAAUGUCUGGCUAUCUGAGGGUGCUGACAUGAAAUCGUUUUCUACUCAGUUAUCUUUGAUAGAUAAAUAGCUUCUGAAACAGCAGGGGAAAGUUGCAAAAGCAAAAUGCAGGAAUAUUUGCAAUUGGAAUUCACCAUUUAUUGUUUUCACAAGCUGUGACCAAAAGUAAAAUUCAGAACCCAAGUAAAAAAAUCAUCAGAUUUUACCCUAUUUGACAGCAAGAACCAGUAGCAGGAGACAAUGGAUUUACAUCCAUCCUGCAACACCAAAAAACAAAAGAAACCAACCACAAUCCCAGAAGAAUCCCAAUAUAUUAUGUUCCCUUGC